ACUACCUCACUCACACGGCACCGACACGGCCGGGAAACACCGGGGCUGUGUCGUGUGUGUUUGUGACAGAUGAAGAGAGGCCGGCCUUUGAGAAACUGUACGGCAGCAUAAGGGACAACACUCGAAAUGUCAGCGGCCCGCACCCCAUCUACUGCCCCAAGAUCCUCGAGUUCACGACCCUGCUUCCGUAUAAUGGCACGGGCAAUGUAGACAUCAUGGCGCGGUUCUUUUCCGAAGUUCCCCUGGCCGAGGAGGGUAAACACUUCUACACGUGGCCGUAUCCCUAGCGAACCAAUUGGAUCACGCAGGAUUCGGCGUGGCCUUUCCUCUUCGCCGCAGCCUGCCCGCGAACCACUCUAUUGAUCCAGCAGCGCCCACGGUGUAUGGGACGCUGGGCGCCUCUGUGGAUGUGACAUCCAUUGCAAAGAAGGUCCUAGAGGAGCUCUAUGUACCCGACCUGUCGAAAUCCUUUGAGCUCUACGACGUUACGGACCCUUCUUCCCCCUUCGCCAUCGUCUCACCAGUCCCGCCGCACGCCUAUUUCCUCCCCAACGACUCUCUCCCUCACAUGCGACCCUCGCAUGCCCCUGAAACCCGCCCCUGGGAGACCCGGGCGGUGGUGCGUUUGGAUGAGCUGGGGGCG